AUGGAUUUGAAAGCAGUCCUUCCAAGCGAUCUUGAAAUCAGAACUGUUGUCAACAAAAUUGAUGGGAUCAAGAGCGAGUAUCGGAAUUUUGAGUUGGAUCUUUUAGCAGGCGAAGAAGACUAUGUUACGGAAACCCUCGAAGGAGGUGUGAGAUAUCGACUCGAUUUCUCAAAGGUCUUUUGGAAUUCUCGUCUCAGCCACGAACAUGAAAGGGUAGUGAAGCUGUUUGAUUCCCGCUCUUUAGUUUAUGACGCUUGCGCUGGAGUGGGUCCAUUUGUCUUGCCAGCAAUAAAGAAAGGGCGCGCUUUGCACGCGUUAGCGAACGAUCUCAAUCCGGAGAGUGUGCGAUGGCUGAAGGAAAAUGCAGUGUUGAACAAGGUUCCUUCUGCAAUGUUACAAGUCCACAACCUAGACGCCGUUGCUUUCAUUCGUGGUCCAUUUGCGGAAGACUUGAGUCAA